AUGGCUCCCCUUGCUGCGGACCCCCGCCAGCUAAUGGUGGUCCUCAACCCGGCCCGUCGCCGAGUAUUCUACACGCUGCUCUUUGAUAUUACUGGCUACAUGCGCACGCAGCUCGAGCUCAAAGACGGCGAAUACAACGUCCCAGCAGCCGCCAGCCCUUCACCUCAGGACCGCAAUGCGGCACCCCUCUUCGUCCCGGACGCGGCGGGUCAAGGCGGUCGGAGCAGCCCAAGCCAUCCAGACCGCGGAGGCUCCGGCGUGCACAGUGCCCAGCUUGUGGCUCUUCGUAAAGCGGCGUUGAAGCACUUCGAUGAGUGGCGCAAGGAUCUUCUGGACAAGGUCAAGGAGAUUGCAUCUGCCAAGGAUGAUGACAAGAUCCUCGCUGCCCGUAAGAAGCGUCUCGACGAGAUGGAGAAGCUUAGGCGGGAGUCUCCUAGUGCCGGGGAGGACUUGAUGAACUUUGGGAAUGCGACACCUGUGAACCCUGGGGCGAAAGAGGUUGACAAGGAGGUUGCUAUCCUGCAAGAGCACUACCACCCUAUCCCGAACCGUUUCACUACGAUCCCGCUUGAAGAUCGAAAGGAGAUUCUCAGCUGUCUUUUGCUUCUCAUUCUCUCGACUGGCUGCUACUCUGCUCAUUCCAGAGUUCUGGCCCUGUACCUGUGUUCCGCCUUCGAGCUUCCCAUCGCAGCUCUCAUCCAGGAGGAGACAGAGAUUGCCAAGUCCUUAGUCGAAUCUUCGACUGCGGCCGAAAAUCAGAAGGCGGGCAUGUCAGCAGAGGCUGAAGCCGCAAAGCGACGUGAAGAAAACAAGCAGAGCCGCUUCUGGAAGGUCGGUUUGGCAUCCGUGGCUGGCGCAGCCGUGAUCGGAAUCACUGGUGGUCUGGCAGCGCCGGUCGUUGCUGGUGCAAUCGGCGGUCUCAUGGGUAGUGUUGGCCUAGGAGGCGUCGCCAGUUUCCUCGGUAUCUUUUGGAUGAAUGGCGCGCUUGUCGGCACGCUUUUUGGAGCCUACGGCGCCAAAAUGACGGGCGAGAUGAUGGACACUUACGCCAAAGAGGUCGAGGACUUUCGCUUCCUCCCACUCAAGGACGAAUGGGGUCAGGACUACAAACGAGCAGAUCCGGAUGGAAAGCAAGGGGCACGGCUCCGUGUCACCAUCGGCAUUAACGGAUGGCUUACGGACGAGAGCGACAUUACGAAGCCCUGGAGGAGUUUAGGCGACGAGUCAGAGGUGUUCGCAUUGCGGUACGAAAUGAAAGCCCUCCUUGCUCUCGGCGCCGAGCUGGAGAACAUGGUGUCGUCUUACGCCUGGAACUUUGUCAAGGUUGAGAUCCUCAAGCGGACAGUUCUGGCUUCCCUCUGGGCCGCCUUGUGGCCUGCCUACCUCAUCAGCGCCGCGACCAAAAUCGACAACCCGUUCAACCUCGCGCGGAACCGUUCAGACAAAGCUGGCCGUGUUCUUGCCGACGCUCUCAUUGCCAAAGUUCAGGGGGAACGGCCGGUGACUUUGGUUGGGUACUCCCUGGGUGCUCGAGUGAUUUACUCGUGCCUCAAGUCACUUGCUGAACGAAAGGCCUUUGGGCUGGUCGAUACUGUGGUUCUGAUCGGAGCACCGGUUCCAUCUAAUCGAGAACACUGGCAAGUCCUCCGAUCGGUAGUGUCUGGACGUAUCGUGAACGUCUACUCUGAGACCGACUACAUUCUCGGCUUUCUGUAUCGUACGACGUCACUCCAGCUGGGUAUCGCUGGUCUUCAGGAGGUGAAGGACAUUGAUAGGGUCGAGAACCUCAACCUGAGUGCGGAGGUCAGCGGGCACUUGCGGUAUCCCAGCCUGAUCGCCAAGAUCCUGACUCGAUGCGGUUUCCCCAGCGUUAAGGGCGGCGAAGGAGCGAUCGAAAAGGACGAGGACAUCAAAAUCACGGAUGAAGAGGCGGGUUCUCAGAUGGGGGAGCUUAUCCAGCUUGAAGCACAGCCCGAUCCCGCCUCGGAGCCGCAGCCAAUCCGGUCGAAGCAGACCGCCAGGUUUCCCAACGAAUUGCGCCACCCUCUUCACCCUGAUCCGCCGGUGCAGAAGAAGAAGAAUCCCAGCCGCAACAAGGUGUCAAGAACUGGAGGCUCUUCAGUCUCAGAGGCUUUUGAUCCGCUUGGUGAUCAAGGCAGUGACCCUUUGAACCUGGCUUCCCUCAGCCAGGGCAGGAAAAAGCCAACGUCACCCAACCAUGAAGAUCUCAUGAGUCUAGAUCCUCAGUCACAAGCCAAGCAGUCAAAUAGCUCGAGAGCUGCUGAUCCCCUCAAUCUUGGCUCGCUCGGCCAUAAUAGCGAGCAGACCACGCCCGCCAGAGCCCUUGAGAAGACGGUUGAACCGAGGAAGGAGAUUGCUCUUUCGUCAAGACCUGCCCUUGGCCACUCAUUCCAGAGCGACGGUGCGAUAAAGUCGCACGCUCGUCCUGAGUUGCCUGUGAGGCCAAAGACGCUUCCUGUUCCAGCACAGGAGGACUCGGAUGACGACGACGAGAGCUUCAAGGGCAUUCAGAUGGUGGACAAUGACGGGGACAUGACGACGUUUUCGGAGCCGUUGAGGGCUGAUUAG